AGAGUUGUAAGCUAUAUUUAGCUAGGAUUUUAAAUAAGCAAUCAAACAAAUAAGGCAGCCGUUGCCACUAUCCAUUUCUCAUCUCUCCCAGAUCCGAUCGCGGCCACUGCCAUGGCAGAAGCAGCCGGCGGCGGACCCCUGCUCCCCGAGGAACUCGUUAUCUGGGAGAUCCUGACGCGUCUGCCGGCGAAGCCCCUCCUCCGGUGCCGCGCCGUCUGCCUCUCCUGGCGCCGCCGACUCACCUCCGACGCUAAGUUCCUCCUCGCCCACCACCGUCGCCAGCCGUCGCUCCCGCUCCUCACCCAAGGGGACAGGAGCACCGAGGACAGGAGGAUCGACGCCCUGGACUACCGCACCGGCGAGCGGCUCCCCGUCGCGCGGACGACGGGCCGGACCGCCGCCAACGCCGACGACCUGAACGUGCUCGCUUCCUGCGACGGCCUCCUCGUCCUCAUCGCCAACGGCGGCCUCCACAUCUGCAACCCGGCGACCCGCCAGCGCGCGCCGCUCGCCCUUCUCCACGGCGCCUCCUGCAUCUCCGCGCUUUACCCUUACCGCCCGUCCGGGUCGUACCGGGUGGCGGGUGCUCUGCUGCUUCGAGAGAGCCGAGGACGGCCACGCCGUGUACCACGUGCACACCGUCGGGUCGCGCGAGCUCAGGUGCGUCGGAGAACCUCCCGCGCUGUGGGCGUCCGGAGACGUGGCGAUGGCGAUGCCGAUGAUGUUGUGCUUUCACCCGCACGUCGUGGCAGGCAGCAGGAUCUACUGGCAGCCGGUAAAGCUGCCCGGCGGCAACGGGAAGGUCAACAACAUGCUCGCGUUCGAUACAGUGACCGAGUCCUUCCAGCAACAGCUGUCGCCCCCGCCCGUGGAGGGCCCCUUCCUUGAACUGUUUCAGAUGAACAGCGGCGCCCUUGGAUUGUACCACUGCCGCGCCGGCAAGGCUGAUCUUUGGGUGCUACAAGAUCACGAGAGCUGGUCCUGGUCGAUGAACCAUCGGAUCAAAUUUGACGUGCUGUUUUUCUCUCUGCUGCCGGUGCUGGACCCGGAAGGAGAUGUGCUAGUGCUUUCUAACGAAGGG